CUUGAAAGGAACUGGUUUAUUUUUGGACCCAUCUACAAAUUUAAACACUGACCGAAUUCUUGUAGACCAAAUGAGAAGGAUUAAUAGAACAAAAUGGGAUCGUACGAUGUCCAACUUUGUAACGAAGUUUUAAUGUACUUCAUGGACAGGAAAGCUGAUGGCGCAGACUCAAACAUAAAUGAAGUCUACAAAAACCUAUUUGUAGGAAACGAGGUUAUUGCACGGGAUGCGGCAAAACUGAAGGAACUCGGAAUAAAUCUUGUUAUUAAUCUAUCUCCAAACGAAGUGAAAACGAACCCAUUAAUUUAUGAACCGUAUGACAUAAAAUAUUGUCCACUUAGUUCGGAUGAUAACGUUUACACAUGCUUACUAAAUAUUGUUGAAGAUUGUGCGGAUCUGAUAGAGGACACAAUAAAAGAUGGAGGUAAAGUGCUGGUUCACUGUUCAGGCGGAGUCCGAAAAUCACCCGCAAUGGCAAUUGCCUAUCUUAUGCUAAAGGAACAGUUACCAAUCUGGAAUGCCGUAAAGUGUAUCAGAAGAUGUCGUAAAGUGUGUCCUAGCAACGGUCUCAUUAUGCAAUUGUGUAUUCUGAAUAAAGAAAUAUUUGAAAAAGUUACGCACAAACAGAUAACAUAAAUAUUGGAAGAAAACAUAUAGAACAUAUGGCUGCAUUUACAUUUUACUUUAGUGCGCAUGCAUGCAGUAUGGUAAAAAGAACAGUUCAAUACAUUGCAAUUGCAUACCUAACCGUUUUUGGAGGUCCCGUUCAAACAACUCGUUUGAGCAGAGACUUAUAAUAUAUGUAUAACAUGUCUCUAGUUUGAAUAUGUAGAACAUACUAAGAUUUUAUUCUAAUGUAUGAACAAGUUGUGCUACUAUUUGUAUAAGCUACCUCAA